AUAUAGAACAUCAACAAAUCAUCAAAAUUAAAAGAUUCGUUGAAUUUGGAUUUUGUUUUUUCUGUCCUGCAUUUGUGUGUCCAACUAUCCAUUGUUUUACAGAAAUUAGUGGAGGAUUUUCGACACAUACGGUGUUCCUUUCCAGACAGAAAGUAGUAGAGUCAAAAAAACAGAACAACCGAACAUUUUGUUAAUCGACAACUAAACAUGUCAAUUGUGUUCUCUGCAGCUGCAAAACUUUCCCCUCUCUUUUCUACUUCAUCUCGUUCGUUAUUCCCUCCACUUCAGUUUUCUCACACUUACCCUACCAAAUUUCAUCAAAAUGGGUUCCAUCCGAUUCGCUCCAAAUCGAGGACGCAGCCCCUUAUUACAAGCUCUUUGCUAUCUGAUAAGUUUCCAACGGUGGCUGCGCCAUCAACGGGACCCAUUCCACCCUCUCACCUCAUUGAAGUGGUUAAAACUGCUGCACAGACUGGCGCUCAGGUUGUGAUGGAAGCUGUUAAUAAGCCUCGGAAUAUUACAUAUAAAGGAUUAACUGACUUGGUGACUGAGACAGAUAAAAUGAGUGAAGCUGCCAUAUUAGAAGUGGUGAAAAAUAAUUUUGAAGAUCAUCUUGUUCUUGGGGAAGAAGGAGGAGUUAUAGGAGAUGCAACAUCUGAUUAUCUUUGGUGCAUUGAUCCUUUAGAUGGAACAACUAACUUUGCACAUGGUUAUCCCAGCUUUGCUGUUUCUGUUGGAGUUCUAUAUCGAGGGAAUCCUGCUGCUGCUGCAGUGGUUGAGUUUGUUGGUGGUCCAAUGUGUUGGAAUACCCGCCUUUUCUCUGCAACUGCAGGUGGUGGAGCAUUCUGCAAUGGCCAAAGGAUCCAAGUGAGUGCAACGAAUCAGGUGGAACGAUCUCUUCUAGUUACAGGCUUUGGGUAUGAUCACGAUGAUGCGUGGGCUACUAACAUAGACUUAUUCAAAGAAUUUACGGAUGUCAGCAGGGGUGUAAGACGGCUUGGUGCAGCUGCUGUGGACAUGUGUCAUGUAGCAUUGGGAAUUGUAGAAGCUUAUUGGGAAUAUCGUCUAAAGCCAUGGGAUAUGGCUGCUGGUGUUUUGAUGGUUGAGGAAGCUGGUGGCACAGUUUCUCGGAUGGAUGGCGGAAAAUUUUGUGUUUUUGAUAGAUCUGUUUUGGUUUCAAAUGGUCUGCUCCAUGUAAAGCUUUUGGAGAGAAUUGGACCUGCAACAGAGAAAUUAAAAAGCAAUGGAAUUGAUUUCUCAUUGUGGUAUAAACCGGAGAACUACAGGGCAGAUGUUUAAGGCGCCAAGAAUUGCUUUUGAUUAUGGACACUGCUACAGACAUUAAAAGCAUAAAAGCAAGCAGAUGGUAUUUUUUUUCUUCUUUAGAUUUGAGCAAAUCUUCUAGUUAUAGUUUUAAAUUACAUAUAUUAAAAUUGUUUUUGAUUACAAUAAUUACAGUUCCUUCAACAUCUUUGAGAGGCGCAUAAUUGGAACACAAAAAUAUUUGCGAUAUAUUUCUACCCAUGCGGUAUUUUAGAAGUAAUUUUAAAAUCAUUUUACAUGUGUUGUAAACAUCAUGGAGAUUGGAUAACCUUGUCAUAUCUUUGAGCUCUUUUGAUUUGCUUCCAUCUUUUACAUAUCCUCUCUCCUCCCCUCCCCGAGUAUGUAUUGAGUGGAUAAUUUUGAUUUUUAUAAAUUCAAUGCCCUAAGAAAAGAGAAAAGUAGGACUACUGAGGAAGUUUUGCGGGGCAAACAAUUCUUAU